AUGCGUCAAUUGAAAAAACUCGAAAUUGUUGACGAAAGACAAAAGAAAGUAACAAUUAUUGAAAAACAAAUUAUAGGUCCAACUAAAUUAGAAGAACAAUCGAGUGUUACAUUUGAAGAUUUUACAUUUCUUAAUCUUUCUGGAUCUGUCAUUCGAUUGCAUACAUCAACAGGAUAUAGCACUUUUCGAGUAUACAUGUGUUAUAUUAAUGUAGCAAACUACAUUGAGCAAGAACGACCUCCUAAAACACGACUAACUAUAGGAUUCCCUUGUGAAAAAGAUAAUGAAUUGGCAAGUAUAGUUUAUAAAGGUUUACCUGUUUGUGAUCUUGGUUUUAAUUUUUUAUUCAAUGCUGAUUUUCAAUUAGUUACAAAUCGAGAGAAUGUUCAAGAAAACGUUCCGUUCAAUACAUUUAUUCGUACUCAUCUAUCAGCACUUUUUGUCUAUCUUUUAUUAAAUGAUAUAGACCUAAGAAAAGAUUUUAAUCGUUAUUGUCCAUUAUUCAAUAUAUAUCAAGGAAAACAUUCAUCAUGGUGGCUUCUUAUGAUUGAUUAUAUCAAGAAAUUCAUAAACAAAUAUCUUCCAUUAUUAUUGGAUAUUCCAACAGACAAAAAUAUGCGUUACCUCAAUCGAGAUCUAGCAUUACUUGUAUCAAAUGAACAAUUAUGCCAAUGCGCUAAUAUUUACGUCAUUGAUCCAGAAAAUUCUUUCACAACAUUGGAACGUUUAAAAUCUUUUCAAAUUCAACCAGUUUCAAUUAUAGAUGUCUUGGAAUGUUUUCCACAUCGAAAGGAAAUAUCAAUAAAUGCAUUUCGACAACAAUUCAGACUUUGGACACAGCAACAAGAUGAACAAUGGUGGUCUCAAUUUUUUUCAUCAUUUAUCUCAAAUGAUGACAUCAGAAAUUUCUCUUAA